AUGAUUCUGGAAGAGAGCGAUGAAGCCCACGGAAAGGUGUUGGUCCGAACCCUCUUCUUCCUCCACCUCUAUAACGUAACCAUCGAUGAAGUCUGGAAUUGCCUUGGAUCUGCAUUCUUGUACGACUGGGUGGAGGACCGUGAAUGGAGAUUCUUCCAAGGCAUGGUCGCCGAGUACGAGGCGCUCCGCACGAACCUUCUUAUCAAUAAUGGCUGCUAG